AUGGAAACCCUGGCCUCGGUUUGGGCCCGUGACCCCGGUGACCUCCGUGACCUCGCGGAGAAGCGACACGAGCCGCCGGCAGCGUUUGCGUCCCAGUGUGGUUUCUAUGGAUCUCCUCCGGCCGGUCUGAUGUGGACGGAGCAGCUUUCGCCUCACCUGCAGAGGAACAAACAGCUGCAGGACACUCUGCUGCAGAGGGAGGAGGAACUGGCCCGACUGCAGGAGGAGAACAACAAGCUCAGAGGGUUCCUCAGCUCCUCCUUCGUGAGGAACCUGGAGCAGAAGGCCAAGAAACUAACCGCCGACGGGACGAGGAGGAGGCCGAAGAGGAACCUCGACGGUGAAGCUUUCAGCCGUCAGCAGGUCAGCAAGAGAGUCUGCAGGAACCUCACUGCCGAGUUCUGCUCCGAGUCUUUCGAGACGUCCACCCACUCAGAGCCGAACCUGGACCUGUGGGUGCUACAAACGCUGGGACUGAAGGACCGAGACACCAUCGACACGUCCAACGAGUUCUCAUCCGAGUGCAUCGGAGGUUUAGUUUACGACACUGCCGUCACCCCGUCGUCGUCUCCUGAAGACACGCUCAGCUCUUCUUUUGGUUCUCCGGUUGCCUCGUCGACGCCGUCGUCCGUCCAUGGCUUCUGCCAAAGAUCCACUCAUGACUACAGGUACAGAGAAUGCCAAGCGGACUGCGAUAAUCCUGCCGAGUCCACUCAGAACUGCAUGAGGUCUCAAGUGGACGUUGCUGCCGCCGAACACCCUGGGACGACCAGAAGCCAUGACACCUCCACUGCCUCCGAGAUCUGCUCCGACAACCCUCCUCUGUUCUGGUCCCACCGUUGGACGCCGUCGCAGGACUCGGUCCAGUUCAGCCCACCAGCGGGAUGGAUCCACUUCUCUCCAAUGUCGACGUCCAACCAGCCCUGGACGCCCGGCAGCCCAACGAGUCCAACUCGUCGGCCUUCUGCAGCGCCGCCAACGCCUUGUGGCCGCUCAGAUUUGGCCUUCAGCAUGUUGCUCAGCCCGUCCAGCAGCGUCAAGACCCACAGCUUCCCCCAAGGACAGGCCUUCGUCAGGAAGGACACCGGGGGGCGCUGGAGCUUCACCUGGGUGCCCAAACAAGGACCGUAG